AUGGAAGAACUGGUAACACCCUUAUUAUCAGUCAAUCAAUUAUAUGACUGUAUAAUAGGUUUUCUACCUUUUGAUGAAAAUGUACCAGAGUUUGCACAGUGUGAGGAUGUGUUAAGCAAGUUUAUAUCUAACAACAAUCAAGAUACUUUGUAUCUUAUCAAGUCUAUCGAAGAAAAAACAUCCAGGAUUUCCAAUGAUCUUUCAGAUUUGGAUAUGUCAUUCAAAGAUUUAGAUACCUUUGUUAUUAUAAUCAAAUCGAAAGGUGAACUUAGAAGCGACAUACCACUUACUCAACAACUAAAUAUUAUGAGCAUUCCUAUUCCCCAAAAUGAGAGCCACGAGACCAAUGAUCUGUUUGAAAAACUCAGAUUGGCAGUUAGUUUAGGGUUGGCGCCAUAUUUUGACUUUAUUUCAACAAAAAAUGAAGAGUCAGCAUUGGCUACAACGAAAAAGAAGUUCAACGAAUUAUCAUUAGCAUUGCAACAUUUACAACAGAGAAUCCAUAUUCCAGAUCUAUUAAUCACAACUCAUCCAAAGAUUAAGAUGUUGAUUACAGAAAAAGAUGGUGAAUACCCUGACGAAUUAAUAGAAGACACUGAAUUUUUGAACGAGUUAACAUCAAUUACUAACAAUUGGGUCCGACAAAUUCAAUCGAUCACUCGUUUGAACCACGAGCCGUCAGAUGGGGAAAGUAUUAUGGAAGAUAUCCAGUUUUGGAAAUCUAUGGAUUUGGCAUUAAUAUCUUUGAACCAACAAAUCAAUUCUCCAGAAGUGAAGCUUACUCGAGAAUUGUUAUCUAAGGCCAAAAGAUUUCACAUUACUUUGAGUUUUGAAAAUGAUAUUGGAUUGAAGGAAAAGUUAACUGAAACCAAAUUAUAUAAUUCAUUUUUAAGGGAGCUUCCCAUUCAUGAUUUGCUGACCAUCACCGAGGAUGAUGGGUUUCAGAAGUUUGACAAUGCCUUGACCAACAUCUUUAGUCAUUUAAAACUAAAAUUAAACUUAUUGCCAUUGGAAAGAGCAAUGAAAUCAGUUGAUGUAAUUUUGAACGAUAUUACCGACAAAUUACAAGCAUUAUUAGGCACUUAUGAUUUAAUGUCAUUAUCGCUAGAUAAGUUUGAAGAAAUAAUCAGUUUAUGCAACAAGGAAUUAGACACCAUAGAAGUGAAUGUCAAGUUUAUAAUCAAUUUAUUGAGAGAAUUGUUGAGAAAACGUCAAGAAAAAUUUAAGUUAAUCAAAAUUGAUCAAACCAGACUUCAAAAUAUUAAAGAACGAUUAUUAUAUCUUAGACAGUUUAGACAUAAUCAUCAAAACUUGAUGGCUGGUAUAGAGAGUGUUUUACCACAGGAGGAGCAAAUAGAUCUGAUCAGUAAAUUGAACGAGGCGUACAACAAGCACAUUAUCAGUAUCAAUCCUGUUGAUAUAUCGCACCAGGGAAAGUUGAUCUGGUCAAUGAAUGAACAUGCCUAUCUCGAGGUGUUUCAUAACUUGAAUUCUUUACUUACAAAAAAGAUAAACAAGUUUUUCAACAAUGCCCAUACAUUUAUUGAUUUUAUUACCAUUUAUAAAAACUUUUUUGUUGGAGAGAAUUCGAGUUCGUUGUUACAGCUGAUCAGUGAUGACCAUAAAUUGAAAAUUUUAACAAUAGCCGAUAGCGAAAUCCAACAACUUGUGGAAUUGAAUUCAGAUCACGUUCUGGUAUCGAGCUUCUCUUCCAUCAAGUGGAAAAUUCAACUCAGUGCCAAAUUGAAAUUCUAUCGUGAUUACUUGGAAUUACUUUUGGGGUUUAAUUGGAAGAGUUAUUCGGUGGGUACAAAAAUCGACACCACUACGAAUAAGUUAUUGGAAAGUUUAGACCCGGCAACAGCAAUAGAUAAAUGGGUUGAGCAGGAAGUUAACCAAAAUUUACCUAGUGCCAAUUUAGGGAAGAUUCUCACCAUAUCUGAAAAUUCCCAGGAAAGAUUUGAUUUGAAUAUCAAUUUCAACUUUCAAAUGUUUGAAAUUUACAGACAACUUAGUCAAUUAUACAACUUGGGAUAUUCGUUGCCCAGCUUGACGAUGCUACAAUUUGAAAAAAUCAGUCAAUUAUACCCAAUCACAAACAUUAUCAAGGACCAUGUGCAGUUGCUUAACAGGCUCUUUAAUGUCGAUUUACAAAAGGCUUACGGUAAGGCAUUUGGGUUCCUUGUUGCUACUCAAAUCAAAAAAGUAAGGGAAAUGUUGAAAGAAACCAUGAAUAUUGAAUGGGUUCAUUUAUUACACGCAGUUGAAUUACACGAGGUUAAUGAUAAUGACUUUAAAUCAACAGAAAAUUUAAUCGAAUAUCGAUCUAUGAGACAGUUGACAGAAUUUCAAGAUUCUAUUACCCAGUUAAAUUUACUGUUGAUCAAAUUAAAGAAUUUUUCCAAGUUUAUGGAUCAAUGCAAAUUUUUAUUAAGAACCGCUAACUUUGAGUUUAGUUGCAUCGAAAGGCAUUUGAAAACAUUGCAGCAAGAGUUUAACAAUAUUUCUUUAGAAAAGAUUGAAAAUAUCGAGGGUUUAGCUAAUUUGAUUAACUUGGAAGUACAAUCUGUUUUGAGAGAGCGAUUACAAACUCAACUUUUCAUUUUCAAUAUCAAAGCUAUGGCUUACAAUGACGAACAAGAAAUUGAAAUUAUUGAACUUAACAAGUAUUUGUUGGACUUUCCAAUUUUCAAGCAUUACUUAAGCUUCAAUGAUGAAACUUUUGUCAUAGAACCUCCGUUGAACACAGGAAAACAACUGGCUUUUGAGCAAUUAAAUCAUAUUGUUUCAAUAGUCGAGAGACAGCACAUGAUAAGACCCCUUACAUCACAUUCUCAAAGUUUUUCCUCUGUUGCCGAAGAUGAGAAUUCCAUGAAACAGCUUAACUCAGUUUUUGAAAAGAUUGAAACUUUGUAUCAAGAUGCAGAACUGUAUAUAUCCAAAUGGGGAUUAUUACAAAACUUAUGGGAAUUAAACUUAGACGAUCCAGACGAUUUUGCCAAACUAUUUAAGGCUGACCAAACUGUGGAUUCCUGGUUUGAAGUAGUUCAAGAGAUUUUCAAAUAUAGAAAUAUUUAUGAUUUACCUGACCCAGAAAAGGCAUUUGGAUAUUUGUUUGUGAUUAAUAUUACUAAGGUACAACACAGAGUUGCAAUAAAGUUUGAAGCUUUACAAAAACUGUUAUUGAGUAAAUUUUCCAAAAAAAUUGAUCAAGAAUCCAAUUCAUUUAACCGGUUGUUGAUCAAUGCUAAACAAAUUUUAGAAACACCACUUACGUUCCACGAUAGUACCGAACAAUUGAUUUCUGGUAUUGAUAGUUACUUAAAGUAUCAAAACAAUUUGCAAAACUGGAAUCUUUUAUUGGAGACUUUUCAACUGGUACAGAGUUUUUUGGUGAAAUACAGAUUUAAAUUCCCUAAUGAUUGGCUUUAUGCUGAACAGUUGGAAAACAACAUCUCAAUGGUACAAGCUCUCGUCGCCAAAAAAAGUUUACUCAUUGAAGAAAAUCUUGAAAUUGUUUCUUCUAAAAUCAAGGCCGAAGCUUUGAAAGUUAAUGAUUCUAUAAAUUCGUUAAAUCAAAACUGGCAAUCAAAGAAACCCAUAGCAGGGAACUUAAAUCCAUCAGUGGCCAUGAUGGACUUGGAUAAUUUUCAAAUGCAUUUUUCAAAAUUAACGUCUUAUGUUGAAUCAUUACUGAAUAUUUCCAAUCAUUUGCAUAUAAACAUUGUUUCAUUUGAAGAUAUGACCUUAUCGAUUGAUGAAAUUAAAGAUCUUAAAUCAGUUUGGUCUUCAGUUAAUGGAUUAUGGGAAGAACUUGAAAGAUUGAAAAAAAUUAAAUGGAGUGAUCUCCAACCAAGACAAUUACGUCACAAUUUGGACGAUUUAUUAAAUUCAGCAAGAAAUCUUCCCAUGAAUAUAAGACAAUAUUCAGCUGUUGAUGAGAUCCAAGCUUCAGUUAAAACUCACUUGAAAACCCACCAAAAAGUUUCUGAUUUGAAAAAUGGGGCCAUGAAACCUCGUCAUUGGAAAAUAUUGUUAAGUCAAUUAGGAGUUCCAAAUAUUAAUUUUGAAGAUUUAACUGUUGGUGAUGUAUGGGGGUUGAAUAUCACGUUGAAUAUCCAGACAAUUAAUGCUAUGGUAGAACAAGCCAAUAGUGAGAAAACAAUUGAAGAGAACUUGAACAAUAUAAACAACAGUUGGGCGCUGAUUACAUUUGAGUUGUUCAAUUAUGAAAACAAGUGCCGUUUGGUGAAAAAUUGGGAGCAGUUAAUUGACCAAUGUAAUACUGAUAUUAAUGCUUUGGCUAGUAUGAAAAAUUCACCAUAUUUUGGAGCUUUUGAAAGAGAAAUAAGUGAAUUGGAGAAAAAACUUACACAAUUGUUUAUUGUCUUGGACAUUUGGAUAGAUGUUCAACGACAAUGGUUAUAUUUGGAAGGGGUUUUUGGAAACGAAAAUAAUGACCUCAAAAGUUUAUUACCAAUAGAAAGUUCAAGAUUCACUAAUAUCAGUUAUGAGUUUCUAAACUUAUUAAAAAGAAUUUAUAAAUUCAAUUUGGUUAUUGAUAUUGUUCUCAUUACUGAUCUUCAACCUAUGAUGACGAAAUGUUUUGAAAGCUUGGUGAAAGUAAGAAAAUCAUUGACAGACUACCUUGAAAAGCAAAGAGAGUUGUUCCCAAGGUUUUACUUUAUUGGUAAUGAAGAUUUAUUGGAACUUGUUGGCGGGUCACAUGAUAUUACCAGGAUUAAUAAUCACUUGAAGAAAAUGUUUAGCGGUGUUGAGAAGUUGCAAUAUGCCAAGGAAAGCUCUUGUAUUAUUGGUGUUGUUAGUGAACAAGGUGAACAACUUGUGUUACACAAUCCAGUUUCUUUGAUAAAGCAUACCAGAUUACAUGAAUGGCUAAGUGAAUUAGAACUUGAGAUUAAGUUGACUCUUUCUCAUUUGGUUAAAGACAAUAUUAAAGUUUGGCAAGAGAGUGUAUUUAAAAAAGAUGGAUUGGUACCUUUGAUUGACAGUAUCCCAGCUCAAGUUGCUACGUUGUUACAACAAGUUACUUUUACAGGCUUAAUUGAGGAUCCAACUACACUGCUAUCAUCACUUCAUGAAAACUUGUCUGAUACCAUUAAAACUCUUGUUCGUGCCAUUGGUUCAGAAAUAGUGGAUCUUACAAGAAAGAAAACACAAUAUUUGAUAAUAGAAAUAAUUCAUCAAAGAGAUGUUGUUGAGCAGUUAAUGAAUGCCGAGAGCGAGUCCGACAGAAAAUUCAUUCGAAGCAUUCAACAGAGGUUUUACUAUGAUAUUUCUAACACAGAUUUGCUCAAGAGUUUAACUAUUAAACAAGCAAAUUCCGAAUUUGUAUAUGGGUUUGAAUAUUUGGGCAUUCCAGAAAAAUUGGCCUACACACCAUUAACUAAUGAUUGCUAUUUAGCCAUGUGUCAAGCUUUGUCUAUACAACAAGGAGGUUCUCCUUUCGGACCAGCAGGAACUGGUAAAACGGAAUCGAUUAAAGCCUUAGGUCACAAUUUAGGGAAAAUGGUGAUUGUGUUUUGUUGUGAUGAUUCAUUUGAUUUUCAGUCUAUGGGAAGAAUUUUCUUGGGUUUAUGUAAAGUGGGUAUUUGGGGUUGUUUCGACGAGUUUAAUAGACUAGAUGAUAAAAUAUUAAGUGCUAUAUCAUCCCAAAUUGAGAGUAUUGAAAAUGGUUUGAAAAACCCAAACAUGACUAUAUCAGUGUCUGAAAAAAAUGUUAAAGUAAAUCCAGAAACAGGGAUUUUUAUAACAAUGAAUCCUGGCUAUGCCGGAAGAGUCGAAUUGCCGGAAAAUUUAAAGAAAAUGUUUAGAAGCUUUUCAAUGGAUUCACCUGAUAAUGAGAUUAUAGUGGAAAUAUUGCUCACCUCGCAAACAUUUGUUAAUUCCAAAGCCUUGGCCAAAUCAAUCGUUCCAUUUUUCCAAGAGUUGGCUUCAAGCACUUCAAAACAAUUGCAUUAUGAUUUUGGCUUGAGAGCAUUAAAGAACACAUUGGUGAGAUGUGGCCACGCCAAAAGAAAAUCUGCCAAUGCCAAUGAAACCUUGGCAUUUGAACAAGAAUUAGUUGCCCAAAGUAUUGUGGAAACAAUUUUACCCAAAUUGAUUAAAGAAGAUGAAAUUGUUUUUGAAAAAUUGAGAAAUAAAUACUUUGCUAAUGUUGUUGGCAAAGUACUUGACAAGUCAAAACUAAUUACAGCACUUGAAGAGUACUUUACAAAGAAUGGAGUCCAAUUCGACGAGAAAUUUGUUAACAAGGCAUUGCAAUUAAUUGACAUCCAAAACACCCAUCAUGGUAUAAUGCUAGUAGGAGAAUCGGGAUCUGGGAAAUCUACUAUCCUCGAUCUGAUUAUGUAUGCCUUGUCAGUUGUAACCAAUGUCGAACAUACCAAAGUCCUUAUAGAUGCCAAGGUUUUGUCUAAAGAUGAAAUUUAUGGGAAGCUUGAUUUGGUUACACGUGAUUGGACGGAUGGUUUAUUCACUAGUGUAUUAAGAAAAAUGUCAGAAAAUUUACGUGGAGAGCUCUCAAGGAAACUUUGGAUAGUAUUUGAUGGAGACAUUGAUCCGCAAUGGGCCGAAAAUUUAAACAGUGUUUUGGAUGACAAUAAAAUAUUAACUCUUCCCAAUGGUGAGCGUUUAAGUUUGCCAGAAAAUGUUCGUAUUGUUUUUGAGGUUGAUAACUUGGAAUAUACUACACCAGCAACCAUUAGUAGAUGUGGAAUUGUCUGGUUUGAUGUAUCGUUGAUCUCCUUGGAUGCCCAUUUACACAAGUUGGUUCAUCAAUUGAACAAAUUUAAAAUAACCAACGAUGACAUGAUUGGUGACAACAUGCUUGCUGACAAUUUGAAAAUAUCGUUUGUGGAGGAAUUAAAUCAUUUGCUUUCUCACAAUGUUUUGUCUGGUAUCUGUGAAAUUGCCAAACAAGUUGACCACAUAAUGGAGUUCUCAUUCCAACGAGCUAUUGGUUCUCUUGAAGUUUACCUAAAGACCUAUUUACGUCGAUUGUUGAGCUUUGCUAAUUCCAAGGAUUACGAAACAGUGGAAAUGAAAAAAUACGUCCAAAAGGCUCUAUUGCUUUCAAUAAUGUGGACAUUUGCUGGAGAUUCUUCGUAUGAGGGUAGAAUUGAAUUUGCAAAGACCAUAAAGGACAAGAAAAUGUUUUGGGGAGUUGAAAUGCCAAAUGAUAAUGUACUUGAUUAUGAUAUUUCCUUACCUGAAGGUGAAUGGUUGGACUGGAACACUUUUGUUGCAUCGGUAGAACUCGAACCACAUCAAGUUUCAAACCCAAACACAAUUGUCCCUACUUUAGACACGGUCAAGCAUGAGCAAUUAAUAUUUUCUGUUUUAAAUGAACAUAGUCCUUUGUUGCUUUGCGGUCCACCUGGUUCCGGGAAGACUAUGACGUUAUUUGAAGCUUUAAGAAAAUCUCCACAGUUGGAAUUAUUAUCACUUAACUUUUCUAAAGAAACUUCACCAGUGUCGUUGUUGAAGGCAUUGGAUCAAUAUUGUGAGUAUAGAAAAACAAAUAGGGGCAUCCAAUUAGCUCCACGGAUUAAUGGGAAGUGGGUAGUUGUAUUUUGUGAUGAAAUUAAUCUACCACAAGUCGACAAGUAUGGAAAUCAAAAUGUCAUUUCUUUGAUAAGACAAAUGGUAGAGCACGGUGGAUUUUGGCGAGUCAAAGAUAAUCAAUGGGUUUCAUUGGAAAAUAUCCAAUUUGUUGCUGCUUGUAACUCGCCCAAUGAUCCUGGUAGAAACAAAUUAUCUGAACGAUUUUUGCGUCAUGUCCCAGUUAUUAUGGUCGAUUAUCCAGGUUAUACUUCUUUAACCCAAAUCUACCAAACAUUUAAUAUGGCUAUUUUGAAAUGUGCCCCUGAUUUACGAGGAUUUGCCAAAGCUGUCACUGAAGCAAGUAUUCAAGUAUACGAAAGAACAAGAAGAAAGCUAAACAGUGGAAUUCAAAAGCAUUAUGUUUAUUCACCUCGUGAAUUAACGAGAUGGAGCAAAGGUAUACUUGAAGCUUUAAAAUCACACGUGUAUAAGGAUUUGAGUGCUUUCCUUAGAUUGUGGUAUCAUGAAGGAUUGAGAUUGUUUUAUGAUAGAUUGGUGACUGAUGAUGAUAAAUCAUGGACUUUACAAUUAUUUAAAGAAGUGGCCGAAAGGAAUUUCCCCAACAUUAAUUUGGAUGCUACUUUCAAAGAACCGGUUUUCUUCAGCAAUUGGAUGAGUUUGAAUUAUAAAUCUGUAAAUGAACAAGAACUAAGAUCUUUUGUUUCCGAAAGGCUAAGAGUUUUCAGUGAAGAAGAAAUGGAAGUCGAUUUGGUAUUGCAUGAUGAAAUGCUAGAUCAUGCUUUACGUAUUGACAGAGUUCUUAGACAACCACAAGGUCACAUGAUAUUAGUGGGUCCCAGUGGGAGUGGGAAAUCCACUCUUGCCAAGUUUGUUGCUUGGAUCAAUGGAUUAAAAGUUGUGCAACUACAAGUGAGAAGUAAUUAUGGCAUUGACGAAUUUGAUGAAGCUUUGCGAGGUAUUUUAACACGCUGUGUGCACGGUGAAAAGAUAUGUUUUGUUAUUGACGAAUCAAGUAUCUUGGAAGCAUCAUUUAUUGAAAGAAUGAACACAUUAUUAGCAAAUGCUGAAAUUCCUGGUCUUUUUGAAGGUGAAGAUUACACAUCGUUAAUGAGCAAAUGUUUAGAACUAUCUCAUUCUCAGGGGUUGUUACUAGACACUGAUACUGAGUUGUACGAUUGGUUUACCCAACAAAUCUCGAAAAAUUUGCAUGUUGUGUUCAGCAUUAGUGAUUCCAUCGAGUCUACAAGCCAGUCAGUUAUUUCAUCACCGGCAUUAUUUAACAGAUGUGUUUUAAGCUGGAUGGGUGAUUGGUCUGAUAGGUGCUUGUAUGAAAUUGCUUCCUCGCGUAUUAGCAUUGUUCCUCUUGAUAUUUCAAACUACGUUGUACCUAACACUUUUACCCCAUUUUUAUCUAAUAGAAGGGCUAAAAAUUUGAGAGAUGCUAUUGUUGAUACUUUGGCUUUUAUCCAUCGGUUUAUCCCAGACCAUAAAUCUACAAUAUCGUAUAGAAGAACGCCAACCGAUUUUUUGAAUCUUGUACAAAUGUUUACUGAUUUGUUUAGUAUCAAACACAAAGAAUUAGAGGAUUCACAACGACAUAUCACUGUUGGUUUGGAUAAACUACGUGAAACUGUUAUUCAAGUGGAUAAAUUACAACGAAUGCUUUCAGAAAAGGAAAGUAUUUUGAAAACUAAAGAUAAAGAAGCCAAAGAAAUGUUGAACAAAUUACUCACAGAUCAAAAUGAAGCAGAACGGAAACAAGAAUUUUCAAUUGCCACACAGGCCGAGCUCGAGAAGCAAGAAAAAGAAAUUGAGAAACGGAAACUGGUUGUUAUGAAAGAUCUUGAAUAUGCUGAACCAGCUGUUCUUGAAGCACAGAGAGGAGUGCAGAAUAUCAAAAAGCAACAUUUAUCCGAAAUUCGUAGUAUGGCCAAUCCACCAGCAGCUGUGAAAAUGACAAUGGAAUCUGUUUGUAUUUUAUUGGGCUAUGAUGUUGGCACUUGGAGAGAUGUUCAAUUGGUUAUUAGAAAAGAUGAUUUUAUACCAAAUAUUGUUUCGUUCAAUAGCGAGGAACUGUUACCCGUUGAGCUUCGCAAGUAUAUGGAAAGGGUUUACUUGACAAGAGAAGAUUACACAUUUGAAAUUGUUCAUCGUGCAAGUAAAGCGUGUGGUCCAUUAGUACAGUGGGUUCAAGCACAAUUGGCGUAUUCUAGAAUUCUUCAAAGUGUAGGACCACUACGUGAAGAAGUUGAAUUGUUGGAACAAAAAACAUUGAAGACAAAGGCACAAUUGACAGCCAUUGAUGAGAUGAUUUUUGAAUUGGAAGAAAGCAUUGAAAAAUACAAGGAUAGCUACACUGAAUUGAUUCGGGAAACAGAGAAUAUAAAAACUGAAAUGGCAUUAGUGCAUAAAAAAGUGGAUAGAAGCACUACCUUGAUUAAAAAUCUUAAAGUGGAAAGAGAGAGAUGGAAAGAAUCUGUCAAAUUAUUUGGUGAUAAAAGAGACAAAUUAGUUGGUGAGGUGUUGUUGGCGGCUGCUUUUAUUGUUUAUGGUGGGCUUUAUGAUCAGAAAGGUAGAGAGAUAUUGUUGAAAACAUGGAGAAAUAAAUUAAAAGAGUCUGGGAUUCCAUUUGAUGAAACCCAUACUAUGUCCAGUUAUUUGGCUACCUCGAAAAAAGCUUUGCACUGGACAAAUUGUGGAUUGGUUAAUGAUAAUAUUAAUAUUGAAAACUUUGCAUUAUUGGAAUGGUGUCAAAAUCCAGUUAUAAUAGAUCCAAAUGGUGUGAUUGUGGACAUACUAUCCAAAGUGUCGUCAAAGCUGGUUACAGUUACCAGUUUCUUAAGUGAUGGGUUGUUGAACCAGUUGGAGAAUGCAUUGAGGUUUGGUGGUUUGAUAAUUAUCCAAGAUUGUGAGUAUUAUGAUCCUUUAUUAGACACAGUUUUGAGAAAAGAAAUUCACAGAAAUGGUGGCCGAAUGAUGAUUAGAUUAGGUGAUCAAAUUAUUGAUUAUUCUUCUGAAUUCAAAUUGAUAUUAGCUUCAAAGGAAUCGGAAUUGGUUUUACCUCCGUCAGUAGCUUCAAGAGUGUCAAUUAUCAAUUUCACAAUUACAAGUGGUAGUCUUGAAAACAGAGCUCUUGAUAUUGCUUUGAAAGAAACACGACCCGAUGUUGAAAAAGAAAGAACCGAUUUGGUUAUGCUUAAUGGUGAAUGGAAAUUACGUUUGCAGACUUUAGAAGAAGAGUUAUUGGAUUCUCUUAGUAAAACUCCGGGUGAGAUUUUAGAUAAUGAUAGUGUGAUGCAAACUUUGGAAACUCUUAAGACCGAAACAGAUGGGUUGAAUGAAAAAUUGGCUCAUUCAGGAGAAGUUAUGAACCGAGUUGAAGAGAUAAGAAAUAAUUAUAGUGAUGUGGCCAAGAACUUGUCAGGAAUAUAUACCAUCUUUGAGUCACUUGGUCGUCUUAAUCAUUUUUACAGGUUUUCAUUGACAAGAUUUGUUAGUAAUUUUGCACAUCUAUUACGGGAGAGCAUUAAUUUGUCACCAUCUGAGUUUAUUAUGGAAUUAUACAAGGAUUCUUUUGCACACAUUUCCACGUCAUUGCAGUAUCAACACAAAAUUGUUUUGUCCUUGGUUUUGUCUACUGCUUAUUACAUGGAGGAUAUUGGUGAUCUGUACAAGACUGCAUUUAUGAAAACAUUAAAGUUGAUUGUUACUGAAAAAUUACCAAAUAGUGUUAAUGAGGUGUUUGAUGUGUGUUUAGCAAGGAGAGAAUCAGGAUGGGAUGUUGAAAAAGUAUUAGAGAUGAAUCAAGACAAUCUGGUUUUGCAAAUGCUUUCGGAUUUGCUUUUAAGUUUCAACAAUACAAGAAAUAGUGAGGAUUUUGUUGAUACUUUUAGUAAGAUCAGUGGGUUUUUGUUUAAAGAUGGAGAAGCUCCAUACUCAUCUCCAUAUAAUUUGGAUUAUUGGAUAAAUGAAUUGGGAAUUAGAACUAUUAUAUUGACAUGUCCAGAAGUUUAUGAUGCCUCAUACAAGGUUGAACAAAGUGCUCGACAAUUUAACAAGAAAUUAUCUGUUAUUUCAAUGGGGACAAAAGAAGGGAUUGAGAUGGCCAAUAAAGAAAUUGAAGCUGCUUCUAUGUCUGGACGUUGGGUUUUGAUUCAAAACAUCCACAUGGCGCCAUCAUGGAUAUCACAUUUUGAAAAUCAACUCACUAAUCUACAUGCAGAAUCAAAAAUAUUUUUGACAUGUAAAAACGAUUCUCAAGUUCCAAUUGGGGUUAUAUCUCAAUGUAAAGUAUUGAAUUUUGAAAAUGAAGUGGGGAUUCAACGAAUUGUGUUGGAUACCUAUAAAUCCAGUUCUAUGGAGAAAAGAGAAAGAAUUGAACGACAUGUUUUAUUGCUUUUGAUUUGGUACCAUUCAGUCAUUCUUGAAAGAGUGAGAUACUCACCGGUAUCGUUUAAGAAGAAAUAUGAUUUCAAUGAUUCCGAUUAUUCCUGUGGUGUACAUAUUAUCGAAAAAGUAUUUGAAAGUUACGAUGGUAAAACUGAAACCAUUCCUUGGAAUGAGAUCAAAUAUUUAAUUGCAACCAUAACUUAUGGUGGUAAAGUUGAUGAUAAAGAGGAUUUGGCAUUUUUGGAGACUUUUGCUAGUGAUAUUUUCACAGAAAGAUCUUUUGAUCAAAAUUUCAAUUUGAUAGAUAAUGAAUUUACUAAAGAAAGCAAUGAAGUUUUGCCGUUGCCCGACACUACAGAAGAAAUUGAAUUAUGGAUCAAUAAGUUGCCAUAUGAGACACCAUUAUCAUGGAUUUAUUUGCCUGAAGAUGCUAAUCUGUUAGUGAAAAAACAACUUGGAUUAGAGGUUGUGGAAUCUGUACUUGAUUUAUCUGAAGUUUUAUAG